UUAGCAAAUUACAAGUUUUACCGAGACGAUUUUAUUAUCACGGAUAGAUGCAAAAAUCACUUCCAUGUCUUCGAAAUGGAAAUUAAUCGAUAUUAUGUAUCGAUUUGAAUUCGCUGGCUUUCCCGAACAUGCCGCGCGUACUUACUGACGUUUGUGUUUCGCGCGUGAUAGUCGCAAAUCUAUCGAGCGCAUCGAUCGUCGCCAUCGCGCUGGUUCGGGCAGUCGCGACUUGUCUGCCAUCGUGGGGGUUUCGUUGCAGGAUUAAGACUGUGAAGUGCGAAAUUUUGUGAAUUGUAAUCGAGCGUAGCACAGUCGUCUCUUCGUGUAAAGCUCGGCGACGAGAGCUCCGAGAGUCUCUCGCUGGAAAUCGCCCGCGACGCGAGUCGACCGCGGCUGCAGGGCUUCGACGAGGACAUCGAGGAACGGGCGCAACCGAAGAUGUGCGGCGGUUUUACGUGCUCCAAAAAUGCGCUGACAGCACUCAACAUUCUCUACAUCGUUGUUGCCUUUAUACUAAUAGGAGUUGCUGUAUAUGGAAGAGCAUCUGCCUUAGUUACAAACCUUCCUAUUAUUGGUGGUAUUUUGGCAUGCGGAGUGAUCCUGUUUCUUAUUUCUAUUCUGGGUCUGAUUGGCGCUGUUAAACAUCAUCAGGUUUUAUUGUUCUUUUACAUGCUUAUAUUAUUUCUUUUAUUCCUCAUUCAAUUUAGCAUCGCCUGUGCUUGUCUUGCUGUCAACACUAAACAGCAAGAACAACUUGCAGAACAAGGCUGGACACAUGUUGAAUAUGAUUUGAAGAGAAAAGUUCAAACCACUUUUAAUUGUUGCGGAUUUAAUGGUACUAGUGAAGAUCCAGCUGUACCUUGCGAUGAGAAGGUUUGCUGUCAAUCAAUUGAUACCAGUUUAAUGCCUUGUCCACCUUGUCCAACAUGUAUGCAUAAACUGCAAUCUACCAUUGACUAUGCGUUCAAAUUGUGUGGUAGCAUAGGAUUAUUCUUUAGCUUUACGGAGUUUGUUGGUGUAUGGUUGACCGUGAGAUACAGGAACCAGAAAGAUCCACGAGCUAAUCCUAGUGCUUUCCUCUAGUCUAACACCAUCGCCAUGUCCUCUGUCACUUCAUAUGAUCCUCCUAACAGAUGGUGAUUGCAGCUUUCUUGGCAAGACAUUACCGUAAUCAAUUAGAUCCACAGGAAAAAGCUGCAAGAGCUAUUUUUCCGCGGCAUAAUUAUUUAUAUUGAUUCGAUGAUACAUUUGAAAAAAAUUUCAAUCUUUCUUUAAUCUUUUUUUUAUUCAUAUUAUUUCAUAUUACUUUUAUCGGGU